ACGUGAUAUGUCUGGCCUCAAGUUUACCGCCGACCAGAUCCAGGCCACCGGUUCGGUACUCAACGAUUCGACUGGUCGACCGAUUGGCCAACGUUUUCGGGCAUUGUUUACCCUGCGUAAUAUUGCCGGCCAGGCCAGUAUCGAUCAGAUUAGCCGAUGUCUACUGGACGACGAUUCAGCCCUAUUGAAACACGAGUGCGCCUAUUGUUUAGGCCAAAUGCAGGACCCGCUGGCCAUACCAGUGCUCAACCAGGUUCUGGCCAACAUCGGCGAGCAUCCGAUGGUCAGACACGAAGCUGCCGAAGCACUCGGAGCUAUCGGUGCCCAACAAUCCCUGGAUGUCCUUAAAAAAUACCUGAACGAUGACAACAAAUCGGUAGCCGAAACCUGUCAGCURGCCAUUAGCCGUAUUGAACACUUGUUGGACUCAACCAACGAGUUGGUCGGCGGCGACUCGAUUGCCUUCAAAUCGGUAGAUCCGGUACCGCAUCUCAAACGGGACAAUGACGAAAACAAUAAUGUCCAACGAUUGGAGUCGAUGUUAACUGAUUCGGGCAACGAUUUGUUUACCAGAUAUCGGGCAAUGUUUGCCCUGAGAAACCUGAAUACCGAUGAAUCGGCUGUUGCAUUGGCCAACGGUUUGCAAUGUCCCGAUUCGGCACUGUUCCGGCACGAAGUAGCCUACGUAUUGGGUCAGAUGCAAAAUCCCCGAACCGUUGACCAAUUGGCUAAAGUAUUGGCCAAUUUUGAUGAAAACGAAAUGGUUAGACACGAAUGCGCCGAAGCAUUGGGCGCUAUCGCCACCACUGAAGCCGAACGCGAGCUAAACAAAUACAUCGAUGACCGGCAUCGGGUGGUCAGAGAAUCGGUAGAAGUGGCACUCGAUAUGACCGACUAUAACAAUAGCGAUGACUUUCAAUAUGCAAAUACAUUAUCGGCAAAAACAAUGAAAGAAAUGUAAUUAUUAUUAUAAUAACUGAAAACAAUUCAAUUGAAAUAUUUAUAAUAAAAAAGAAAUUAUU